AUUCACGUGGGGCACGUUCGAGGCGCAAGAGGAUCGCGGGUGUCAUUGCGUCGGAUAUCCGCCAGGUGCCGCCAUUACUCCUUUUUCAAUACAAUGUAGCCGUUUCAUCGAAACGCUACAAAUAAAAUCACAUCACUUGAGAGACGGAGUGCUUUGCGGCCGCGCACAUGGACGAGUUGGCCGAGAGUGUGGUGCCCGAGGGCAGCUCGGGUAGCUGGGAGCGCCCGGACAGCCCGGACAGCCUGGAGGGUCCGGAGAGCCCGGAGAGUUCGAGCACGAGCUCGGCGCACGUGUCCGAAGUGCAGUGCUUUGAUGACAUAUACAGGUAUGACAAGAAGCAGCAGCAGGAGAUCGUGGCAGCCAAGCCUUGGAGCAAAGACUGGCAUUACUUCAAAUACUGCAAGAUCUCCGCCUUGGCACUGCUGAAGAUGGUGAUGCAUGCCCGGUCAGGCGGAAACCUGGAGGUGAUGGGACUGAUGCUGGGGAAGGUUGAUGGAGCGACAAUGAUCAUCAUGGAUAGCUUUGCCUUGCCGGUGGAGGGCACAGAGACGCGUGUCAACGCCCAGGCAGCCGCCUACGAGUACAUGACGGUCUACAUCGAGAAUGCCAAACUGGUCGGCCGGCUGGAGAACGCCAUCGGCUGGUACCACAGUCACCCAGGCUACGGCUGCUGGCUCUCAGGCAUCGAUGUCAGCACUCAGAUGCUCAACCAGCAGUUCCAGGAGCCUUUCGUGGCUGUCGUCAUUGACCCAUCUCGAACCAUAUCUGAAGGCAAAGUCAACCUGGGAGCCUUCAGAACAUACCCUAAGGGCUUCAAGCCGCCAAGCGACAGGCCCUCUGAUUAUCAGACCAUCCCGCUGAAUAAAAUAGAAGACUUUGGUGUGCACUGCAAACAAUACUAUGCACUGGAAGUAACAUAUUUCAAGUCCACCCUGGACCGCAAGUUGCUGGAGCUCCUGAGGAACAAACACUGGAUCCACGUUCUCAGCUCGACAAGCCUGCUGACAAAUUUAGAAUACACGACGGGGCAGGUGCUGGACCUGUCUGAGAAGCUGGAGCAGUCCGAGUCGCAGCUGGGAAGAGGCUCCGUCGUGCCGAGUGCGGAUCCCAGGGACCGCAAGACCGACGACAAACUGGCCAAGGCGACGCGGGAGAGCUGCAAGACCACUAUAGAAGUCAUCAACGGCUUAAUGUCCCAAGUGAUCAAAGAUAAUCUCUUCAAUCAAGUGUACGUGCGUCCCGAAAAGCCAGGAGGAAAACCAUAGCUCCCUGCAGAUGUGAACACUGACAUCCCGAUGGCAGUAAAAGGGUGGAAAUUAUUCACUUCAGUCUUAAACGCACAAUUAAACAGUACAAGUACUACCCUAGGUGUGUGUUUUGUGUAAUUCUUUCUCAGGCCAGUCACAGGUCGAAGACUAAAAUGUUUGGUGCAAUAAAAGGUCUGACAGAAUUCGGUUACCUUGCAAAAGUUAACUGUUUACUCUGUGGUCUUAUUCGCAUUGAAAUCAUCAAUUCCAAUUAUUUCAGUACUCGGCAUCGCAAACUUUGUUUUAUUUUUUCCUUUUCUCCCCUUUGUUUGCUUCAUUUAAAGCACCAAUGCCUACAAUUUUUUUGAAGUUUGUGUUCUCGUUUAGUGUGUGCCUUAUUCAAAUAAUAUGUGAAGUAUUUUGUAUGCUUUAGAGGUGGUGCUGCUCUGUGAUAUUUCCAUUGCAUUUAAUUAUUUGGCUAUGUCUGGACUACACACACUACUGUGUGACCUAGUGUAACACUCUAAGAAAGUCAUGACUGAGUCUUUCAUCACGCACCACAAUGCAACUGGCAGCUUGUCGGCUGGGUUCUAGCCCAUUGUGGUAUUACAUAAUGGAAGAGUAAACAGUCAUGGUCUCAUAUGGUAAAUCCUACCUGGCACAUGUGUAACCUGUCACCCAUGAACACUCUAGCAGGUUCUCUCUGUGCCUUACACAGUUGUUCGGGGCCCUACGGCUAGAAGGUUUGAAGUGAUGCGUCGCAGAAGCUGGAGCAGAUAGACUGGGAUCCAUUCAGGCAGCAGUUCUGUUCUGUAUCGCUGUGGACCCUCAGACAGCAUGUUUGUUCUGAAACACACAGGGUGUUGCGCCUGGAGGGUGGAGGAGAGGAAGCGAACAUUUUCAUGGUUCUCUUGUUUCACUGAUCAAUUAGCAGAUUUAUUUUGUUUUUGGGGCAGCAGGAUC